GGGGAGGUGUAGCAGGUCGGUAGAGGGAGACUGUUGGCGGAAGAGGCUCGGCGGCUGAUGGCGGCUCAGGCUCGGAAGCUUCUCUAACAUUCCCCUCUGCUCAGGAGUUCCUCACUCGAUUCGCAAUGACAUCCUUUCAAGAAGUUCCACUGCAGACUUCCAACUUUGCCCAUGUCAUCUUUCAAAAUGUGGCCAAGAGCUAUCUUCCUAAUGCACACCUAGAAUGUCAUUAUACCUUAACUCCAUAUAUCCAUCCCCAUCCAAAAGAUUGGGUUGGUAUAUUCAAGGUUGGAUGGAGUACUGCUCGUGAUUAUUACACGUUUUUAUGGUCCCCUGUGCCUGAACAUUAUGUAGAAGGAUCAACAGUCAAUUGUGUGUUAGCAUUUCAAGCAUAUUACCUUCCAAAUGAUGAUGGAGAAUUUUAUCAGUUCUGUUAUGUUACCCAUAAGGGUGAAAUUCGUGGAGCAAGUACACCUUUUCAGUUUCGAGCUUCUUCUCCAAUUGAAGAGUUGCUUACUAUGGAAGAUGAAGGAAAUUCUGACAUGUUGGUGGUGACCACAAAAGCUGGCCUUCUUGAGUUGAAAAUUGAGAAAACCAUGAAAGAAAAAGAAGAACUGUUAAAGUUAAUUGCUGUUCUGGAAAAAGAAACAACACAACUUCGAGAACAAGUUGGAAGAAUGGAAGGAGAACUUAACCAUGAGAAAGAAAGAUGUGACGAACUGCAAGCAGAGCAAAAGGUUCUUUUUGAAGUCUCACAAAGUUUAAAAAUGGAAAAUGAAGAAUUUAAGAAGAGUUACAGUGAUGCUACAUCCAAAGCCCUCCAGCUUGAGGAAGAUAUUGUGUCAGUCACACAUAAAGCGAUUGAAAAAGAAACUGAAAUAGACAGUUUAAAGGACAAACUCAGAAAGGCACAAUAUGAAAGAGAACAGCUUGAAUGUCAAUUGAAGACAGAAAAGGAUGAGAAGGAACUUUAUAAGGUACAUUUGAAGAAUACAGAAAUAGAAAAUACCAAGCUUGUGUCAGAGGUCCAGACUUUAAAGAAUUUAGAUGGGAACAAAGAAAACAUGAUUACUCAUUUCAAAGAAGAGAUUAGCAGACUGCAGUUCUGUUUGGCUGAAACGGAGAAUCUACAGAGGGCUUUCUUGCUUACAAACUCAACUAAGGAAGAUACAGUUUUUUUCAAGGAGCAACUUCGUAAAGCAGAGGAACAGGUUCAGGCAACUCGUCAGGAAGCUGUCUUUCUGGCUAAAGAACUUAGCGAUGCUGUAAAUGUGCGGGAUAAGACAAUGGCAGAUCUGCACACUGCACGCUUGGAAAAUGAGAGAGUGAAAAAGCAGUUAGCUGAUGCAGUGGCAGAGCUUAAACUAAGUGCUGUGAGAAAAGACCAGGAGAAGACUGAUACACUGGAACACGAACUGAGAAGAGAAGUUGAAGAUCUGAAACUUCGUCUUCAGAUGGCAGCAGAUCAUUAUAAAGAAAAAUUCAAGGAAUGCCAGAGGCUCCAAAAACAAAUAAACAAACUUUCAGACCAAUCAGCUAAUAACAGUAGUGUCUUCACAAAGAAACUUGGGAGUCAGCAGAGAGUGAAUGAUGCCUCAGUAAACACAGACCCCGCUACUGCUGCCUCUACGCUUGAUGUAAAGCCACCACCUUCUACAGCUGAGAUAGAUUUUGACAAUCUAACUAAGGGACAAGUCUCUGAAAUGACCAAAGAAGUUGCUGCAGAAAAGUAUAAUAAAUGUAAACAACUCUUGCAGGAUGAGAAAACAAAAUGCAAUAAAUAUGCUGAUGAACUUGCAAAAAUGGAGAUGAAAUGGAAAGAACAAGUGAAAAUUGCUGAAAAUGUGAAACUAGAACUAGCUGAAGUAGAAGAGAAUUUCAAAGAACUUAAAAGGAGUAUAGAAAAUCAAGCAGAAAGGAAAUUGGAGGGUCAGAAUUCCCAGAGUCCUCAGCAGAUCUCACAGUGUUUCAACACAAGCUCAGAGCAAAAUGGUCAUGUUCCUGCAGUGCCAGAUACACAACCAGUUCUGCAGUUUGGUAAUCCUUAUGCAACACAGGAAACAAGAGAUGGAGCAGAUGGUGCUUUUUACCCAGAUGAAAUCCAAAGGCCACCUGUGAGAGUACCCUCUUGGGGACUGGAAGAUAAUGUUGUCUGCAGCCAGCCUGCUCGAAACCUAAGUCGACCUGAUGGUUUAGAAGACCCUGAGGAUAGUAAAGAAGAUGAGAAUGUGCCCACCGCUCCUGAUCCUCCAAGUCAGCAUUUACGUGGCCAUGGAACAGGCUUUUGCUUUGAUCCCAGCUUUGAUGUUCAGAAGAAAUGUCCGCUCUGUGAAUUAAUGUUCCCUCCCAACUACGAUCAGAGCAAAUUUGAAGAACAUGUUGAAAGUCACUGGAAGGUGUGCCCAAUGUGCAGCGAGCAAUUCCCUCCUGACUAUGACCAGCAGGGGUUUGAAAGGCAUGUACAGACCCAUUUUGAUCAGAAUGUUUUAAAUUUUGACUAGUUAAUUUUUAUUAGGAGUUAAUAAAACAGUUUAGCAGUUGGAAAAAAACCCACCUCAGACCACUAAGGAGACCACAAGGUGUCACUUUGACGCACCCUCUACUGCACUUUUCUGACCAACAGCUACUUUGAGUUUGGUGUUACUAGUGUCAGGGUCAGUCCUUGGCUUAUCACUUAUCAAUAAAUAUAAUUUUAACCUCUGUUAAUCUUACCUGCUUAAGAAGUUCUUGUGUGUUUGUAUCUUUAUUUAUUCCCCAUUUUGAAAAAUUACAUGAAUGAAGGAAAUGGAUUAUUUUAAUGUUACCACACUGAAAAAAUAGGUAUGUAUAGUGUGUUAUUUAGCAAAAUACUUACACGUCUCUGUUGACCUUGUUGAUUGAGCAUGACUACUAAAAAUUAUGUAAUACAAAGAAUUUAUCAUAAGUCUUGCAAAGUUAUUCUUUUGAAUACAGAAACUUCAUAAUUUAGCCCAUGAAAUGUUUUUUUUUUAACCCUCUUUAGAAAGGGAGCUGCAUGUAGAAUGAGAUCACAUGCUUCCAAGAUAGCAAAUAUCCUUUUUAUAUUUGAAAUGUUUGCUUUAGGAAUUAAUAGAAUGCAUAUUUUGCUAAUUUUAUGACUAAAAAAUUUUAAAUACCUGAAUGAUUAUUUUUAAGCCAUCUUAAAGUUGUAUUUCUAUCUGAUGGGGAAAUGGAACAAGAUAUGUCAGUGUAAUUGUUUCAUACUAAAUGAUCUACUAAACAGUGAUGGUUGUGGCAUAAAAUCACAGAAAAUGUAUGUCUUUUUUCACAUUUUCUUGAUAAGAGUAUAACUUUGAAAAAAUGUUCUCAGUAAGUGAUUAAAUAUGUAAUGCAUAAACCCAAAUCAAACUAUCGUGUUCGUUAUGACUCUGCUGUAUAUAGUAUUCAUUAACAUUAAAGUAGACACAUUUCAUUGUCAAAUUUAUUUGUGAUAGUUUUUCAUUAGGUCUAGCAUCUUGAAUGUCUUUUUGGUCUGGGUCAUUAAAAUAUCUGAACUACAGUCCUUUCCUCUUUUAGAAUAUGUAUGUUAAGGAUUUAAAGUACUGACUUUGAUUUUGCUGUUUUUGUGGUUAUCAAAAUAUUUAAGCUUGUCUUAAGCAAACUAGCUAUCUAAGAUGUUAACUUAAUAUUCAGUGUAGUGGCAUUUGGGGGUACUAUAUGUGAACCGCAUAUAUUAUACAUCAUCUCACUUGUAUUUGUUUUUAGGAGCAGAAUUUAUGUAUCGUUGGAAUCCUUUAAAAGGUUUGAGUCUAGGGCAAAACAAACAGUAUUGGGCAGUCAGGUAUCAGGACAUGGCAGACCUGGGAUGCAACAGUAUUGAAGACUCCAUGUUUUAAGCUUCUGGAUAGGUUAUAUGCUAAGCAGAAUAUAUUCAGGUAAAAUAUGUUCAAUGAUAAGAACAUUUUUGUUCCAUCAGUUAAUAAUUAUGGACCAUGCUAACCUAAAAGUAUCCUUUGAAUUUUAUAGUGCUACUACCAGUGAAAUGAAAUUGUUCAUCCUACUAACCUAGGCAAAACAUUGAUGAAAUCUACAUGUCAGCUGAAUUCUGCCCCCCACCAAAAAAGGGCAGCCUUAGAACAAGGUAAUUAAUGGAUAUAUUCGUUUCUGUGGCAAUCUUGAUACUGGUCUUUAUAAUGGAUGCUAAUGAAAAUAAAGAGCCAUGUUUAUUUGG